AUGCUGACGCUAUUGAGGCCAGUACCGAGGAUAUUGAGGCCAUUAUCCAAGUCUCAAUUGAGACCUUUAAGCUAUAUUAGACCACUUAACAUAGUACGUCCACAAAUAUCACUGAUAUCGAUCAGGAUAGGCGUUAGAUGGAAUUCACAACUAUCACCAUCACAAGAGGAAAAUAGACCAAAACCAGUUAAGCAGAUAUUAGAACCGAUUCAAAAAAAGGAAUCUUCAUACAAGGAUGCAGUACGACUUUUCUCAUUAGCUAAACGGGAUUGGAGACUACUUUGUGCAGCGAUUGCAUUAUUGACAAUCUCGUGCGUUAUAGGUAUGAGUAUACCUAAAGUGAUUGGUUUGGUUCUUGAUGUUUUACGAAAGGGUAUUGAAGGCAAGGAUCUACAGAAUGUUAAUAUGGAUGAUCUGGGUCCCAUUGCGUUUGGACUCACCAUUUAUCAAUUUUUAGGCGUGUUUGCAGGGUUAUUACUUGUGGGGACAGCUGCUAAUUUCGCUAGAAUUGUCAUGUUAAGAAUUCUAAGUGAAAGAGUAGUUGCCAGGUUACGUUCCGGUGUUAUGAAUAAGACUUUACAUCAAGAUUCUGAAUUUUAUGAUACGCAUAAAGUGGGUGAUUUAAUAUCUAGAUUGGGAUCAGAUGCGUACGUCGUUUCUAGAUCAAUGACACAAAAGGUUUCAGAUGGGUUUAAAGCGCUUAUCUGCGGUGGUGUUGGUAUUGGAAUGAUGGUAUCUAUUUCCCCAGAACUAUCAGGCGUACUUCUUUUCUUUGCACCUCCCAUACUAUGGAGUGCAUCUGUUUUUGGUAAGAAGAUUAGGCAUACUUCGAAGGAUUUGCAAGAAGCUACAGGUCAAUUGACCCGAGUCGCUGAAGAACAAUUAAGUGGUGUAAAGACUGUGCAGUCCUUUGUUGCUGAACAACGUGAAUUACACAGGUAUAACGGUGCUAUUAGAGGAAUUUAUAAUGUGGGAAGAAAAGCAGCUUUCAUAAAUGCAGAAUUCUUCACUUCAACAACCAUGCUUGGUGAUAUGUCAUUCAUUGUGGUUUUGCUAUAUGGAUCGUAUUUGGUCUUACAAGGUUCAUUAACCAUUGGUGAUUUGACUGCAUUCAUGCUUUAUACUGAGUAUACGGGAUCUUCAGUAUUUGGUUUGACGACUUUUUACUCGGAAUUAAUGCAAGGUGUCGGUGCUGCUUCUAGAUUGUUCGAUCUGACCGAUCACAUCUCAUCAAUUAGUCCUACAAAGGGUCAGAAAUACAUUCCUGGUAAAGGUGAUAUUGAGUUCAAGAACGUUUCCUUCAGCUAUCCAACUAGACCAGAAAAUCAGAUCUUUAAGGAUAUCAAUAUUAAGGUACCACCAGGUUCCAACGUUUGCAUUGUGGGACCCAGUGGUAGAGGUAAAUCCACUAUUGCCCUGUUACUAUUGCGUUAUUACAAUCCAACAAAUGGUCAAAUUUUAGUUGAUGGUCAGGAUAUUUCUAAAGUUAAUUGUAAAACGUUGAGACGUCAUAUUGGGUUAGUACAGCAAGAACCCAUUCUCAUGUCGGGUACCAUUAGAGACAACAUUACCUACGGUUUAGCUGAACCGGCUACAAAAGAGGAGAUACGAUCUGUCGCCAAGCAGUGCUUUUGCCAUAAUUUUAUCACUAAAUUCCCCGAUGGGUACGAUACCAUGAUUGGCGCUCAGGGUGCACUGUUGAGUGGUGGUCAGAGACAACGUAUUGCGAUUGCUAGAGCUUUGAUCAAGAAACCUAACAUCUUGGUCUUAGACGAGGCAACUUCAGCACUUGAUGUGGAAAGCGAAGGCGCUAUCAAUUACACUUUCGGUCAAUUGAUGAAGAGUGGAUCGAUGACCAUUGUAAGCAUUGCUCAUCGUUUAAGCACAAUAAAAAGAUCCGAGAAUGUUAUUGUACUUGGUAAGGAUGGAUCAGUAAUUGAAGCAGGUAAAUUUAAGGAAUUGUUUGCUAAUCCUAACAGUGAACUAUGCAAACUACUAACUGAGAAAUCAAGUAGAUCAGAUGGGAAUGAUAGUCUGCCACCACCGCCUCCCAAUGCAACACAAGAUAAAGUAGUGGAACAGAUUGCUGAAAAGAUUUUGGAAAGAUUUCCGGAAGCUGGUCAAUCUCCUGACGCAACAGUGAAAGAAAUCUUCAAGGAUGUUUCAAGUGAGGGCAAACCUAUCAAGAUAACACCUUGA